UUUCAUAUUGGUGCAUUUAUUUAUUACAACACUUACUCCGUGAGCUGGCUUCCUGACUCUCAGCACACUUGUUACAGUGUCUACUGAAUGACAAUUUGAGAAUGAUGUAUAGCCUAAAUGUAUGAAGGACAUUGUAGAGUGUAGGCCUUUAAUGGUGUUUCUUUUUUUACAAUAAUACACUUUAGACUAGUAAGAAGCAUUGUUGUCCUUUUUAGGUCUUUUUUUUCAAUGCACUUAUGAGUCUUACCUCCAGUCGGUUUUGGUCAGAAGGCUCUUAACACACUAACAGAGGCAAAGGAGGCAAAGCUGAUUGAAUUCACUAUGGUAGUCGCCCUCGCCUUGGAGAGUCACGCUGACAACCAUCAUGUGACGGCCUGCAGUCUGUCAAGCAGAACCGAGGAGUCUCUCACCAAGUCGCUGCUGGCCGUGGCUUUCCUGGCCUCGUUCGGUAGCUCCAUGCUCUAUGGCUACAACCUGGCCGUGGUCAACUCUCCUGCAGAGUACAUCAAGGCAUUCUAUAACCAGACGAUGGUAGCAAGGACCGGGACGGGUCUGGAUGACAAGAAGCUUACGUUGUUCUACUCCGUCACCGUGUCUGUGUUUGCCAUCGGGGGCAUGGCGGGCAGCCUCAUGGUGGGCAUACUAGUCACCAGAUUUGGAAGGAAAGGGACCCUGGUGAGAAUCACGUGUCUGGUGUUUAUAGCUGGAGCCUUCAUGGGCUUCAGCAGGACCUUCGGCUCUCCAGAGAUGAUCAUUGUUGGACGCUUCAUCACAGGGGUACACUCAGGUAUCUCUCUGAGUGUGGUGCCAAUGUACCUGGGGGAGAUAGCACCUAAGAACCUGCGAGGCUUCCUGGGCCUCGUGCCUAGCAUCUUUAUCUGUCUAGGAGUCUUCAUCGCUCAGAUCCUGGGUCUACAUGAACUACUGGGAAAGGAAGAGCACUGGCCCCUCUUCCUGUCUCUGGUGGUGAUCCCCACCAUGUUCCAGCUGAUGCUGUUGCCAUGGUUCCCAGAGAGCCCGCGGUACCUGCUAAUAGAGAAGAGGAAUGUCCACGCCACCAUCACAGCUCUGAAGUGGUACCGGUCCAAAGUGAACAUCCAGGCAGAGAUCGAUGAGAUGCAGGAGGAACAGCGGUCCAUGUCCUCGGUCCAGACCGUCUCGGUCAUCGGUCUGCUGAAGGACCGGAGCGUCCGAUGGCAGGUCAUCACUAUAGUGGUGGUCAAUAUCGGCAUGCAGCUGUCUGGUAUCGACGCGAUCUGGUUCUAUACCAACACCAUCUUUGAGAAUGCAGGUAUCCCAGUCCCUCAGAUCCAGUACACCACGGUUGGAACCGGAGCCAUCGAAGUUAUCGCUGGAUGCGUAGGGUGCUUCACCAUUGAACGGCUGGGCAGAAGACCUCUGAUGAUUGGUGGAUUCACCUUCAUGGGAAUUUGCUGUGCAGGGAUCACACUCUCCCUCAUGUUCCAGUCCCACUACAUCAGUGUUGCCUGCGUGGUGGGGAUCAUCGCUGGCUUCUGUAUAGGACCAGCUGGAGUACCCUUCCUGAUUACAGCAGAGCUGUUUAAACAGUCCCAUCGUCCGGCUGCCUACACCGUGGCUGGAUGCCUCAACUGGCUGUCCAACUUCACCAUCGGCUUUGUCUUCCCCUUCCUACAGAUGUCAGCAGGGGCCUACUGCUAUCUGGUGUUCUUCGGCGUGUGCAUGGCAGUGGCGGCCUACGUCUUCUUCAUCGUCCCCGAGACCAAGAACAAGACAUUUGUGGAGAUCAGCCAGAUGUUUGCGGCCAGGAACGGCAUGCUGGAGGAGGAGAGCAGCGAGCUGGGCAUCGCUAAAAACCUCAAACUAGCCAAGACGAACGGCUAUGGUGCCGUCGACCUGGAGUACGAAGUGAUAGAGAAGAAGUAGGGAAAGGGAGAGAGCGAUAGAGAUGUCAGUAGUCUUAAGGUGUCUCCCCUCUUCAUCUGCACUGAUCUGAAAACACCCCAUUGGGCACAAACGUCAGUUAAACAUCUAUUUUUGAUUUCCAUUUGGUUGAGUUGUCCACUAACAUGAAGUCAAUGUGAAAUCAACAUAAAAUAUCACCAUGCCAUUGGCUUUAGGUUAAAAGUUAGUUGAAAAAAAAGGCAAAAUUCCCUUCUUGCAAAUCCAAUUAGUUUCCCACAUUGAUUCAACGUCAUCACACUGAAUUUAUUUGUUAAAAUGAUGUGGAAACAACGUUGACUCAACCAGUUUUUGCCCAGUGGGACAGAAUAGGUGAAAGCAAUGUGGUGGAAUUGGUGGACUUUGUCUGCACUAACUGGGCAGGGAAAAGCGAAUCAAAAUAGAUGAUUUUCCUUUAUUAUUCAGUAUUUAAUUUCGUUCUUCUGAAUCUGUGUUCAUGGUUUACAGACACCUGUGUCAGUCUACCACUACAAAACCCCUUAUGUAAGAGCUCUAUGAGAUGUCUGGUGUUUAACAUUUUCUCAAUGGCGUCUACGUUUAUGUCCAUAUCUAUGUAAAUGAAAGAUUUCUGUCAAAUGUUAUCUCCAUACCGUUCUAAAAUGUAACAUUUUAAUGUUACCAGUUGUACAGUAACCUACAUUGACUCUAUGUAUUGUUUGGAAGUCAGCACAUCUACAACCAUUAGA